AUGGGAGUAGCUACUUUGAAGACACCUAAUGAGAUCAAGUUGGAAGAAGCUGCUGUUCUGCAUUACACUUACACCAAAUUUUCUGAUUUGACUUCAAGACGUGAUCGGUGUGGCUGCAAGCCUACAAAAGAUGAUGUAAAAAGAUGUUUCAUGUUAGACUUUGACAGAGCUGCGUUCAUAAUUGCUUCAACUGCUACGGAGGAAGAAAUGCUUCAAUGGUACCGUGAACACAUUGUGUGGACAGACAAAGCACUAACGAUGAAACUUAUUAGAAAAGGCAUCUUAUCUCGCAUUUAUGCUCCCAUGGUCAUUAUGCAAAGUUUGAGAGAAUCUGGUGUUUUUAGCUCGGUGAUUGCGAAAGCUGCUCAGACAACAACAUCAAAAGACAAAUUUUUAAAGUCUGUUGAGAGUAGCAAUUCAACUAGGAAUGACAGAUCAGAAAUGAUAUCUUCUAGAAAAAUUGACGCUGGUGGAGUAUCCCAAACAAUUGCAAGAAGAAUCUUGGAGGUUAUAGAUGAUUCAAUUCCCUCUGCAAUUCCACCAUUAUCUCCACCCAGCUAUGAUGAUGCUGACUUCCAUACGUCCUAGAUUUCGACUGACUCCUUGCCAUGGCCAUAAAUUCUGGAGAUUUUUUUAAAAGAGGCAACGAUAGAAGCACGUCUGGCUGUCAUGAUGGGCAUAUCAGUUUUAGGAUUCAUGGGUUUUUUCCCGAUCAUUACCCAAGCGCUUAUGUAAAUUUCAGGUAUAGAGUGUAGGCUUAGUGUAGGUAUCAUACAGGGCAGACUUUUCUAUCUGCUCAUUAUUCUUUUCCUAUUUCUUCUGGGCAGAUUGGCUGCUAUUGUAAUGGAAACCAGAGGCCUAUUCUAUUUUUUGUUCAUACACAUUGAGAGAGGCAUGCUAUACAUUAUACAUACAGGUUGAGAUUA